GCAAUAGUGUUCUCUUAACAUGUGCGAAGAGUAUAGUUACACAACUACUGUCAGGGAUACUGUACUAGUUAGCAAGCGCACUGCUUUGGAGAAAGUCAGCGCCUGGGCACCAUGGAGCCCCUGCAGAAAAAUGCGAAGGUCAAUCCGGUAGCUACCGCUAAUCUUUUUUCCAAAGUGUUCUUCUGCUGGCUGAACCCCCUCUUUAGAAUCGGGUACAAGCGGAAACUUUCGGAGGAUGACAUGUACCAUGUGUUGCCAGAGGAUCGAUCUGAGAGGUUGGGGGAGGAGCUGCAAAGGCACUGGGACCAAGAAGUGCAGCAGGCAGCCAAAGACCUCCGUAAGCCUAAACUCACCAAAGCUAUCAUAAAAUGCUACUGGAAGCCUUAUGCUGUCAUAGGGAUCUUUACUCUAAUUGAGGAGGUAACAAAGGUAAUUCAGCCGGUGUUUUUGGGAAAGCUGAUCAACUACUUUGAAAAAUACGAGCGAGACGACACCACUGCCCUCAAUCACGCUUACGGCUAUGCUGCUGCCAUUUCGCUGUCUAGCAUCGCACUGGCCAUCAUUCACCACCUCUACUUCUACCAAGUCCAGCGAGCUGGCAUGAAGAUCCGGGUGGCCAUGUGUCACAUGAUCUACAAGAAGGCUCUUUGCCUCAGCAGUGCAGCAAUGGGAAAAACAACUACUGGCCAGAUUGUGAACCUCUUAUCCAAUGAUGUCAACAAAUUUGAUGAGGUCACCAUUUUUCUGCACUUCCUGUGGGCGGGGCCUCUGCAGGCGGCCGCUGUGAUUGGCCUGCUGUGGUACGAGAUCGGCCCAUCGUGCCUCGCUGGGAUGGCUGUGCUGCUCUUCCUGCUGCCUUUGCAAACCCUAUUCGGCCGCCUGUUCUCUUCCUUCAGGAGCAAGACGGCAGUGCUCACCGACAGCAGAAUCCGCACCAUGAAUGAAGUGGUGUCCGGGAUGCGCAUCAUAAAGAUGUACGCGUGGGAGAAGCCCUUCUCCGUCCUGGUGAACGAAGUCAGGAGGAAAGAGAUCUCGAAGGUGAUGAAGAGUUCCUACCUGCGGGGCCUGAACAUGGCCUCGUUCUUCGUGGCCGGUAAGGUCAUCGUGUACGUGACCUUCGUGGUGUACGUGCUGGUGGGGAACACCAUCACAGCCAGCCGCGUCUUCGUGGCCGUGUCGCUGUACAGCGCGGUCAGGCUCACCGUCACCCUCUUCUUCCCCUCCGCCAUCGAGAAGGUGUCUGAGGCGCUCAUCAGCGUGCGCAGAAUCAAGAAUUUCCUCCUCCUGGAUGAGACGGUGAAGCAGGGAGCUGAGCAGGGGGAGAAAAAGCAGGAUCCCACAGUGGAGAUGCAGGAUAUGAUCUGCUACUGGGACCCGACCCUGGACGCUCCGACCCUGCAGAACGUGUCGUUCACUCUGAAACCAGAGCAGCUGCUGGUGGUCAUCGGACCUGUGGGGGCAGGAAAGUCCUCGUUGCUGAGCACGAUUUUGGGAGAGCUGCCACCAGAAAAGGGUGUGGUGAAGGUGAGAGGGGCCCUGACGUACGCCUCCCAGCAGCCCUACGUGUUCCCUGGAACCAUCCGGAGCAACAUCCUUUUCGGCAAGGAGCUCCACCCUCAGAAAUAUGAGAAGGUGCUGAGAGCCUGUGCGCUCACCAGGGACAUGGAGCUUCUGCCAGACGGAGACCUGACAGUGAUUGGAGACCGAGGGGCCACUCUCAGCGGGGGACAGAAAGCCCGCGUUAACUUGGCCAGAGCGGUCUAUCAGGAUGCUGAUAUCUACCUGCUGGAUGACCCCCUCAGUGCUGUGGAUGCUGAGGUCGGAAGACACCUGUUUGAGAAGUGUAUCUGUGGAAUCCUGAGGAAGAAGCCGCGCAUCCUUGUGACUCACCAGCUGCAGUACCUGAAGGCCGCCGACCAGAUCCUGGUUCUGAAGGAGGGUCACAUGGUGGCGAGGGGCUCGUAUUCGGAGCUGCAGCGUUCCGGUCUGGACUUCACCUCCCUGCUGAAGCACGAGGAGGAGGAGGAGGUGCAGGGGGUGGAGCCACGCUGCCGCACACUCUCCCAAACCUCCAUGCGCUCCCAGUCCUCCUCCCUGUUGUCCGUCAAAGACGGGGCUGACCAACUGCCGGCGGAGCAGGUCCAGUCCGUUGCCGAGGAAACGCGCUCGGAAGGGAAGAUCGGCCUCAGUCUGUACUGGAAGUUUUUCAGGGCGGGAGCCAACACCGUCAUGCUGCUGCUACUCAUUGCCCUCAACAUUUUUGCUCAAGUCUCAUAUAUCCUGCAGGACUGGUGGCUGGCUUACUGGUCCUCAAUGCAGGAGAAGCUCAAUGUCACGGCAACCGCUGCUCAUUCCAACGGACUCAAUCAGACCCGAACGCCGACUGAAACGCUAGACCUCAACCUCUACCUGGGGGUUUACACAGGAUUGACGGUGGCCAUCAUCGUCUUUGGCUUCCUGCGCAGUCUGCUGUUCUUUAACGUGCUGGUGAGGUCUGGGCAGGCGCUGCACGACCGCAUGUUCCAGUCCAUCCUCCGCACGCCCAUCCGCUUCUUCGACAUCAACCCCAUCGGGAGAAUCCUCAACCGCUUCUCCAAGGACAUCGGUCACCUGGACUCCCAGCUGCCCUGGACGUUUGUGGACUUCAUCCAGGUGUUCCUGCAGAUCUUGGGGGUGAUCGCCGUGGCAACUUCGGUCAUCCCUUGGAUCCUGAUCCCUGUUCUUCCCCUGCUCAUCGUCUUCAUCGUCCUGCGGCGCUAUUUCCUGCAGACCUCGCGGGACAUCAAGCGCUUGGAGUCCACCACUAGAAGCCCCGUCUUCUCCCACCUGUCCUCCUCUCUGCAGGGCCUCUGGACCAUCCGAGCCUUCAAAGCAGAAGAGAGGUUUCAGGAGGCCUUCGACGCGCAUCAGAAUUUGCAUUCAGAGGCCUGGUUCUUGUUCCUCACCUCCUCUCGCUGGUUGGCGGUGCGACUGGACGCAAUCUGCGCCAUCUUCGUCACCAUUACCUCCUUCGGGUGCCUGCUGCUCCGGAAUGACAUGGAGGCGGGCUCAGUGGGGCUGGCGCUGUCCUACGCUGUGACUCUCAUGGGGAUGUUUCAGUGGGGCGUGCGACAGAGCGCUGAGGUGGAGAACAUGAUGACGUCAGUGGAGCGGGUGGUGGAGUACACGGAGCUGGAGAACGAGGCGCCCUGGGUGACGCAGACGCGCCCCCCUGCGGAGUGGCCCAAGAUGGGCUGCGUCACCUUCGACCGGGUCAACUUCUCCUACAGCACCGACGGCCCCGUGGUCCUCAAGAACAUGAAGGCUGUGUUCCUGCCCAGAGAGAAAGUGGGCAUUGUGGGAAGGACCGGCGCCGGGAAGAGCUCCCUCGUCUCCGCCCUCUUCCGCCUGGCCGAGCCCGAGGGGAAGAUCUUCAUCGACGGCGUCCUGACCUCCGAGAUCGGCCUGCACGACCUGCGGCAGAAGAUGUCCAUCAUCCCCCAGGACCCUGUUCUGUUCACCGGGAGCAUGCGGAAGAACCUGGACCCGUUCAGCCAGCACACAGACGAGGACCUGUGGAACGCCCUGGACGAGGUGCAGCUGAAGGGGGUGGUGGAGGAGCUGCCGGGGCGUCUGGAGACGGAACUGGCCGAGUCCGGGUCUAACUUCAGCGUGGGACAGAGGCAGCUGGUCUGCCUGGCCCGCGCCGUCCUGAGGAAGAACCGCAUCCUCAUCAUCGAUGAGGCCACGGCCAACGUGGACCCCAGGACAGACGAGCUGAUUCAGAAGACCAUUCGGGCGAAAUUCAAGGAGUGCACGGUCCUCACCAUCGCCCACCGCCUCAACACCAUCAUCGACAGCGACCGCAUACUGGUUCUGGAUGCUGGCAGGAUACAGGAGUACGCUGAGCCCUACAUCCUCCUGCAGAACCAAGACGGCAUCUUCUACAGCAUGAUCCAGCAGUUAGGCAAGGCUGAGGCUGCCGGCCUACUGCAGCAAGCCAAACAGACGUACCUGAACCGGAGCCAGACCAACCUGGCCAACGGCAGCACUGCUGACGGCAGUCUCAUAAUCUUCGAGACGGCGCUAUAAUGUCAAAGACGCUGUGGCCCCUCAGCUCAGCCCGACCCACACUCCCAGCCCUGUCCCUGCCACGGUAACUUCCAGUCCAGGCUUCAGGGACCCUUCUCGGGCUCAGCGCAGUAACCUGAUGCUAGUUACUGAGGAGGAACAGACUUCAAAUCAUAUAGGAAUGAGCACCUAAGGCUGUUAUCAGGAAAAUAUAAGUGUGGGCACAUCCCCUUGCCUUAAUCUGUAGAGAAAGAGAUUAAGGUAGAGUAAAACUCUGAAUGCCUUUUUGACAGUUGAUUGUAUUGUAUACAUUCAUGUGCCUUAAUAGUUUAUUUAAGUGCCAGAUAGGAUUUGUAAAAUUUUUAUGGGCCAAAAAGAAAUGUGUGUUGUGUUAUGAGGUUGUUCUAGUUUUGUGUCUGAAUAGAAAGAGCAUCAUGAAGCCAUGCAGGUGCCUUCAUCAUAAUGCCUUAUGCUCUGAGACUGCAUAUGUCAUGUUGUGUGGUCGGUUAAUGGUGCAAUAAGUAGUUGAAAGUCAAAUGACUUGCCUUUUCUCAGUUUGUAGCAUGUAUAUUGUCAACAGGUACAGUUUUACUGUUGACUUCCCAUUUUUAGAUAAACGACUGUAAGCCGACAUAGACUUGCAACUUCACACUACGGCCAGUUAUCUUCAGACCAAUGUACUCUUUCGUAUAGAAACAGUACUUCCUUUCACCGACGACAUGUCACAGAACUGAAAUGGGUGGAAUGUAAAAGCAGCUGUUUCGGUCCUACCUGCGAUGCCAACGUCAAAAAAUGAAACCCGCUGGUAAAACGUCGUGUCGUUCCCCGACAUUACAGUGAGCGCGCAAUGCGCCGCGUCAUACUGCCGUUAGUCGGUGCUUAACACACCGUGUCAGACUGGGGACAUUUGUCAGUGCGUAAGGCGCUGUUGUGCUUGUCAUUGACAGUAUGACACUGACAUUAUGGCCUCUGUUUGACCCGCUGCUGCCUGCAUUACUGUAAUGCCCCGAGACACACGUGUUCUCCCCAAUUUUGCAGUGCCCAGUUGUCGUUUAUUUAAAUCAGUGUUCGUUGCUUCAACUAUCAGUCUGGGAGAGCUCGUGUGCAGCUGAACAGGGGGCAGAUUGACCAGCGUGGAUCGCUGAUAUACGCUGAAAGGCUGUGAUUUCGGCUGUCUGAAACCCGACAGUCCUCGGCCGGUUGUAGUGCCUGUUGUGCCGGGCUGCCAGGCUGGGAGACGUGGUCAGGAUGGUCAGCAAGCCACUGAUCUCUGUAAUGUACUAAAGGUCUAUAUUUAUUGGCGGUGGGUUGAACGCCGGUGUUCUGGAAGGGGCUAGUCGGUCAGUGCUGUUUAAUAUGGGAGCUGAAAGGAAUAGGAAAUAUGUGUUUUCACCGUUGGCCUCUUGUUCACAUUUCCCAAGUUCCAGAUUGCUGUGUGUCUUUAGCUUUAUGGGACCUUGUGCCUCUUCUUUUUAACAGCAUAGGAGCAGCUACACGAAACGCCAGCUCUUUUAGUUAUAUAUUACGAUCGCAGUGCCUUGAUCUGAAAAAUGUGUCCUCUUCAGUUGCACUACCGUUUGUCUUACGACCUGAUGGGUUUACUUGAAUAAACAUUGGACAUUGCUGAGUACCGCACUUGUACUUGUAAUUACAGUUUAAGUAACAGAGGGAGUUUUAAGAGCAGAAAUUAUGUUAUUUGGUUUUCAUUUUUUGGUUAGAUCACCUCUUGCUGGCCUCCCUUGGUAGUGGAUCAACCUGGUUAACUGAAGUAAGGAUGAUGUUUCUAUUUUUAUGCUGAAAACAAGGUUUUGUUCCAAGUGAAACAAGUUUAGGGGUUUGUGAGAAAUCCAAAAAUGUUUCUUCUUUUAUUUUUUGUUUUGUUCUAACAAAUGUAUUUAAUGUGCAUGUAUGAAUAAUGCAUUGUGUGAAUGUACAUGCCUUUAUUUCAUGCCUUUUCUAUUCAUGUAAACAUAUGCAGACACGUAUUUGAAGCAAGAUAAUUUUCUUUAGGUAAAACAGCGUACGUCAUUAGAUUUAUUGUAUAAUCCAAAUUCAUAUUUUAUCAGACGUGUUUAAACGUAAAUCUCCAGCGCUUUAUCAUGUGGUAUCAUGGUAUAAUUAUCAUGUUGACUGUAUUCCUAAUACAUACAAAAAUAUUAAGAUUGACACUGUUAAUACACAAUCCUGUGCACUGUUUAUAUAUCUGAGUAUCUGCAGGUAUGACCUCCAGCCAUAUCUCACACCUCAUAUUUAUAUUCCAGAUUAAAGCUGCAGUUGUAUGUUAAAUAUAUUAAUGUUUUCUUUUUCAGAGUAUAUCACCAAAUACUUUUGUAAUAUGUUGCCUGUAUCAGAGUACAGUCCUUCUCACUACUGUUGAAAAUGUUGUUUUCAUGUGCCUGUUCCAGGUAUCUCUGAAUGGGUAGUUUUCAAUCGCACAAUCAUUCUUUAUUCUUAGAUUAUAUUUUAUUCUAUUUCUUUUUUUCACCUGAUAAUGUGAGAUGCUUGUAUCAGAUUAUUUUAUGGAAGAUUUUCUGAAAUGUUUUUUUU